AUGUUGGCGACUAAGUCGGUGGUGAUCAUGGGUGCUACUGGCAUGGGUAAGAUGAAGAUAUCAAUUGAUGCGUCCAGGGUGAUUGAUGGCAAAGUGGUGAAUGCAGAUAAGAUGCAGAUCUAUUAUGGGCUUGACAUCACAACAAACAAGGUGUGUCCGAUUGAUCAAUCGGGUAUUCCUCAUCACGUUAUUGGGACCAUUUCAUCAACUACUGGUGACUUUCCUGUAUCUUUCUUUCGAUCUAUUGCAACCACCACUGCAAAGUCUAUUGUAAGGCACGGUCGCAUACCAGUUCUUGUAGGUGGAUCAAACUCACUCAUGCAUGGAUUUCUUAUGGACCAUCUUGAUCCCUCCCUUGUUAAUCCAUUUGCGAUAGCCGGGUAUUUGCCAACCUUUCGGUUCCGAAGUUGUCUACUUUGGAUCCAUGCUAGUGAGUCAAUUUUCAAUGAGUAUCUCAAUCGUCGUGUUGACAAUAUGUUGGUGGCUGGCUUGGUUGAGGAACUCAAAGAUUAUUUUGAUACUGUGUUCGGUGGCAAGCUUGUCAAGCACCUUGGCUAG